AGGAAAUUAGAGAAGAAGUAUGUGUUGAAGUUCAGGAUUUGGGAGAGGAUAGUGAGUUUGAUAGGGAAGAGGAAGAUAAGGAAGCAGUCGACUAUGAAAAUGAAAGAAUAUGUGAACAGUUACUUACUAUAUCUCUCAUCUCUUCUGGUACUCUGACCAAUGCUGCUAAGGGAACCC